AUGAACGGAAGAGCGAGACGGAUAUUGACUUUGAUUUCAGUAAGAAAUGCUAGUUCUGAUGUUAGUGAUGGAGCCAGUAGUGAUGAUAAAGUCAGAGAUGUCGAGAGUUCAGCAGCACCGUCUCUGGAUUCAUCAUUUGAAAAGCUCGAGAUUCUCGGCAGCGCCACUUCAUCGCUCAGUCCUUCGAAGCAAGAGAUGGAAUCACAUGCAGAAGACCUUUCUAAUGUGGAUCCAGAGACUUUUCAAGUUUCCCUAACACCAAUCCUGAACGCCGUGUUCUCUAGACCUACGCAAUGCAGUUACGACGCAAAACCUUUAAUUUCUUCUAUACUAUCUAUAUCGUCUGUUGAACCAUCUACUCCCAUAGCAGAUGUCACACCUUUAUUGUUGGACAUUUUCAUAAACAAUGCAUGGCGGUUACGUCGUAGACACGACAACCAUAUAAAUAAAAAGAGGAAGCAAGAUCGCCUAAAAGAGUUUCGUUACAAAAUUUAUGCUGGACUUCUGAAACGUAAUAGAAUUGUACCCGUAAAAGACAUUUUAACUGUACCUGAAAAAAGGAAGAUUAAGAAACCGAUGGCUGAGAGGCCUCUUGACAAUGUGCGGAUGAGCAGCUUGUGCAAGGCGCACAGUCGUUGGAGCGAGUGGAAGCACAACCGACUAACUCUCUCUCAUGAAUUUGAGGAAUUUACUGUGGAGACUUUUCUAUUUGAUAAGAAUAACAUCAAAUUUGGUGGGUCUGAAGAGUUACCUUCAUCUACAAUGGAACUAACUGCAAAGACAGACUAUACAAUUUUAGCUGAGUGUAAAAGGGAUAGCAUCAACUUGCACGUCAUAGAUUAUUCUAUGAGAAGUGAAAACUUUACAGAUCGGCCUAAUCCCGAUAAUUCAACGCAAUCGUCGGCGGCUGUGAUACAACCGUUCCAAAAUAUUGAUCCUCAGCUGUCUGCCCCACCCCCUUUAUUAACACCUGUCGUUUCAGCAAUUCCAAUGUCUUGCGCAACUGAGGAGAUACAGCAAUCUACAGUUAAUGAGCCUAUAUUGACUGCCACUACAGUUUUUUUGUCAUCACCGGAUCCAUUUCUGUAUUCUGCAGCUGUAAUAGAGACACAGCAUCAGCCGUCAAUGUCUGAAACGGUGACAUCCUUGAAUAAAGUAUUUUCCCCAGAAGCUAUUAGGCCUUUUCCUAAGGCUGGAGUACGUAAAGUUAAUAACAGGAAGCGACGCAAAACAGCUAUAUUAACAGACACACCCGAAAAAGAAGCAUUGUUUUUAGAACAACAUAACAAGAAUAAGGUUAUUCGCAAAAAAGCUACACGGACAAAUAAACAGGAUAAUUCUCGUCAGGCUGCUAUACCUACCAGUCUUGAUGAGGUUCAUAUAUCUGAUAUAGACACUAUUUUAGAUACCUCAAGAAAAGCCAAACUAAAAAAAGACACUAGUGGCAACAUCAAAUCUAUUGAAGAAUGUGCAAAUUCGGAAACUCAAUCGGACGAGGAUAAUAGCCAACAGAAGCAGGAUUCCAGAAAAGCUAUAUACCAACGUAAGACAGGUGCUCAAGAACGAAAAGAAAAUACUGAUGAAGAGGAACUAUUGAAUAUUUUACGUAAGAAACAAAUUCUUGACGAGGAUGUUAGUUUUGCAGAGAUGUUGAUCCAAUGUUACGGAAACUAA